AGCGCGACUGAAACACCGACUCGCGGAGUAUGAAUAGCAAUCGCAACGCAUCGCCCGUCCGCUCGCCCUACCAUUGCUUUUGCAACUCAGCACGUUUAACACUGGUUGCGUUCGAUAGGGACAGCCAUUGCGCCCACAGCCGCGAGCACGAACGCCGCCAACAUGGCCAACAUGGCCCACCUCGCCAGCCCAAAUGUCAAUGACAAUGACAACUCCUCCGCUCUCCCGACCUUCCUCGCACGAGACCCAUUCCCGAGCGGCACUGACGAGAGACCGGGCACUGCAUCUUCCAAUGGCACCUCCGAGUUUGAUGGCAACAAGAGGCUGAGCGUCUUGUCCACGACAGGCCCAGUUGGUGAGCCAGGACUGCCGCCCGCGCGACCAACAAGUGAUGCGACGAGCGGUCAGAGCUGGCCACGCACGUCUAGCAGAGCGUCCGCUACCGUGGGAGGGGCGUCCGCCUUGCAGCGUGGUAGUUACAGUUACAGACCCUUCAGUCGGCGAGAGGGAGACAUUUCACGGCCAGGCUCAGGGAUGAGCGGGCCCACACAUGUGCCAUCUCUAUCGGUACAGGGCUUCUUUCGCCCAUUGAGCUCACAGCGAUUACAAGCUCAGCGCGGUCAGCACGUCGCGCCUCCAAGCAGCAUUCAAGGCGGGCAUCGUAUCAAUCGCAGUGUCGACGAGGAGGAAGACGAAAUUCCAGGCCAUCGAAAGCGCUACAGUGAUGCUUCAGUGAAUACCGCCCGCGACAUUGCGGCGUCGAGGGGCGGAGAGGCGGCGCCACCAUUACCUGCAGGCAGAGGUUUCUCCGCGGCCAUGACUUCAAGUGGAGCGCCAUUCAUAGCCGGUGGUCCGGACAGUAUGGUCAGGAGGAAUAGUACGACUCCAUUGCAUUCACGACAGCACACGAGCGAGAAACUACAGACCGUAGACUCCAAGCCGAAAUCCCCCCGAUCACUGCGAGAUUCGUUAGGCUGGGCAUCCAACAGGAGCAGAAGAGAAAUCAAUGAGCACCGGCGUUCCACCAGGGAUCACGAGAAGCUGUCUUCCAACCCAGCAUCCCCCAACCUCAAUGCCAAGGAGCGGGACGCAUCCCCAGCCAAAUUAUUCCCGAAGUCGACGGGUUCCAGAAUUGGCAGAAAUUACCAAUACUACGCAGGCAACUACCUCUUCUUCUGCUUAGGACGAUGCCUCAAUACCAGGGCGAAACCUCUGAACCUGGUCACGUUCGUUCUCACAGUGCUCCCAGCAGCUCUCUUCUUCGGCUUUUCAGCACCUUGGCUCUGGCACAACGUCUCACCUGCGUUGCCCAUCAUCUUCGCCUACAUCUUCUUCAUCACAUUCUCCGCCUUUGCGCACGCCGCACUCUCUGAUCCAGCCGUUCUUCCCCGGAACCUGCACCCUCACCCGCCCAACGCGGACGAAGAGCGUGAUCCUCUAACCGUGGGUCCACCAACGACGGAAUGGGUCAUGGUGAAGACGUUCCCAUCCAAAAAGAUGAAAGCCGAUCUGGAAACUCAAGCUGCGGAGGAGGGCGCUGCAGGACCUAAUAGUGCGACCACGGCCAUGGAAGUGCCGACGAAGUACUGUAAGACUUGCAAAAUCUGGCGUCCACCGAGAGCCCACCACUGUCGAGUCUGCGACGCCUGCAUUGAAACUCAGGACCAUCAUUGUGUGUGGCUGAACAACUGUGUUGGCAGAAGAAACUACAGGUAUUUCUUCGCUUUUAUCGGUUUUGGCAGCAUCAUGGCUCUCCUCCUGAUCGCAUUCUCCAUCACCCACAUCGCCACGUACGCGAAUCAGCACGGAAUAUCCUUCGGCAGCGCACUCUCAGGACGUACGCAAGAACAGGUUGCCUUCGCCAUGUUUAUCUAUGCCGUUCUCGCUCUACCAUAUCCUGGGAGCUUAUUUGGCUAUCACCUCUUCCUCAUCGCACGAGGCGAAACCACCAGAGAAUACCUCAACAGCCACAAGUUCCUCCCCAAAGACCGUCAUCGACCUUUCUCUCAAGCUUCCAUGCUCAAAAACUGGAUUGCCGUUCUCGGUCGCCCUCGUCCACCAAGUUAUAUGUCAUUUAAGAAAGCAUAUCAACAUGGCGACAUCCGACUGGGUCAUACCUUGCCGAAAGCUCAGCGUCAGCAGAAAGCCCGAGUGGAAGCAGAGAGAAGUCAGAGUCGAGUGGAAGGCUUGAAGAAGAGGCUUAGUGUUCCUCGCGGAAGAGUUGGACAACCGCAGCAGGCGAAUGGUGGCGCCCAAAGAGCGGUUGAGAUGAAAGAGUUGCCUCCUCCUCCUACUGCAGAUAGUGGAAUCGGGAGCUCUGCUGCUGGAAAUGGCAGUAUGAAGAAGAACGUGCCCGGUGGGGCGAACAACACUCCGCGGUAAAAGAGUGCGAUGCUAAUGUUUCUCAGCUUUUGUGCUCUGUGUUAUUAUGAAGCGAUGGCGUUUUGGCAGAGGAUGAUGUGAGUUCCACAAUGGGCUUGCUCGCUGUUUUUCUUUCAGAUGGUACAUGGGCUUGGUAUUGGUAAUGCCCGAUUACUUGGCGGAACAUUUUGUACAGGAAAUGAUACCAAACAGCGCCUGCAGAGUUUGAUGACGCCAGGGAGACUUCUCUGGGCCAAGAGGCUCGAACAAAUCGUUCUCUUCGUUCUAUAAUGUGUAUACCAUUUGAAAC